UUCUUUCUCUUCUUCUAUUUCUUCUUCAUCUUCUCCGCAGUCACAUGCACUUCUCUUCUCUUUUACCUUUUACUUACACUUUCCCCAACUUCGAUCCACUCCACCCCCUCCCCCCACUAUUCACCCCACCACCCUUCUCUUUUUCGUCCUAUCUCAUUUUCUCUCGUCCUCUCUUACCUUCGUUUGCUGAAAGUGUCCGAUGGUCAUUCAGGGUUGUGACAAUAUGAGUCAUUAAAAUUUUUUUGGAUAGCUUUGUAAUGCGUCAUGAGUAACUGCUAUAUUCUUUCGAAGAUUGUUCGAUGUGCUGGCCUUAAUAAUGUUUGGGAGGGUCAGGGUCAGCGGAAGUGAAUUGUCCUUUGAUAGUCACUAAGGGUCAUUACCUUGACUAUAUAUGUCACGAUCAGCGUCAUUAUAAAGUUGAAUUCUCUAUUUUAUUUUUAAUAAUUUCCUAACGUGAGAUAGGUGACUGCUUAAUCUUCCGAAGGUCACCUAUCUCACGUUACGAAAUGUAAUGGGAAGGCAAAUAUCGUAUGCCGCAAAUCUAUGUUAAUAAGUAAUAAAUCCAGAUUCAAAAAAGGAAUAAAAUUAAGUAAAAGUUACCGAAAUAUGAAAAGGCUAUUCAAAGUUUGCAUAUAAUUAUAAAGAACUAAGACAAAUUAAAAAUAACAAACGGCAUUUCGAGCCCAAAUGAGUUAUUCUCAAUGUUAUAAUUACAAAGUGACAAGUAUAUAUAUAUAUUUAAAAUAGAACCAGGUUUUAAACUGGUCAAUAAAGAGAUAAAAAUAUAUGUACAGACUUAUAUGUAGUGGAUGUAUACUGAUGGUCAUUAUCGCAACCAUUAUACAGCUGAUUAUUGUGCUGACAUUAUACAUUACGUUCCAGUUGAUGUAGCACGUGUCAUUAUGAAUGUAUACUUAAAAUAAAAAAUAGGUCCCACUAUCGCCCAUUCUUGUGAGAACGUAACCAUAUUUUCUUCGUCUCUCUGAUUUUAACACAAUCUUUAAUAUUUAUUUCGAUUGCAACAGAAUGAAUUUUUAAUGUUGUAUUAUAUGAAUAUAUUUUUUUUAUUUGCGAGGAGAAAAAUCUUCAUAUAGCUCUCCGGGAUGCUCCUGAAGGAGAAUCUAAUUGGAUGAGGGGAAGAUUUUUUCAAUCGGAUGAAGGGAAGAUUCGUUUUCAAUCGGAUGAAGCGAAGGACGUUCUACAAAAUGGAAUGCAACCCCUGUUCCACAACAUAAAAGUCGACAUAGCUAGAUGCCUUAACUACAACAUAUAAUCUUGCCGGAGUAGGAUUAGGAGAUAACACGUCGGUACUAGAAUUCAUUCAUGACGGAACAAAUGUACCGUGGAAUUAUAGAACACGGAAUAUUGAAGAUGUACUCACAACCAGCUGCCAUGAUUCUUUUAUCAUCGGAUCUACUUACGCUACAAAACAUGUACCUUAUUACGGACACCUCAUUAUGAAUGCAACGUAUAGAACACCUAUGAAUAUUAGGAAUGAGAGUCGCCUUAUUUUCGCAGAGAGGCGUAAUGGACAGACAAGAAUAGAAAAGUUAAUUGAUCCUAAUCAAAUGAUAUAUACCAACAAAGGCAGUUUCUUUAUCAGCGAGGCUUUAGGUGGUGUUCUAAAGAUGACAAACGGAAGUGUGGUGUGUAAUCUUAUGUGGGACGAUUAUGAGGAGCCAAUGUUAGAAUCAUUUCAUGAUUUUAUUAGAAUACAGCAAUGUCCCGAGACACAUCUAGAGUCAGAUAUGAUAGCCGUUGGUGCAAUAAUUAAUGAUAAGCCACUAAUAACUCGGGAACAGCGUUACGGUGUUAAGCGAGUUCCAUUGUUUCUCUAAUUAUGGAGCAGGCGGACAAUUUAUUAGCGAUAUUACACCGGAUACGACGGAAUAUGAAGGUUACUUCAAUAUAACAGAACAUAUGCGUAUAAUACCAGUUAUAUAUAACUAAAUUUUAAUAUUGGACUAGGUCAUUAUGUAUUCUCAUAUGUAAAUAGAAAUUAAUGUAAUGUUAGCACAUUAUUGUGACGAA